CGAUGACCCUGACAUAUGCUCUCAGAUGUCACUCGUCCCCUACGAUGAUUCGGAUGAUGAUGAAGAGGGGCUUUCUGCAGACAAGGUAGAAGAUCAUGUAGCGGUAAAGGAAGCGGAUACGAAAGAUGAAAGCGGACAGGGUACUGAUAGGAUGGUAUAUACUUCCCUUGGUAUUGCCCGAUCAGAGCCAGUUCAAGGUGAUUGGCUAUGCUUUGUGUUCCUGCCUCUUCCCUUGGAAUCGGAUGCCAUGGACAUAUUGCGAAAGUGUGGUCGCUUCUUGGCAAGACAAGAUCUUUCCAACACCGUUCAACAGGUCAACGAACCUCAUAUUUCGCUUACACGUCCGAUCCUGCUACGUCGACACGAAUGUGAUGCAUUGGUACCGAUCGUAAAGGAGGCACUUCAGGCAUAUCGCAGAGACUCUUUUGCAUCUGUACAGAGGCUGCACAUUGCUUUCUCGCAAUUCACUCACCUGCCUAGCGAGGAUGCAAAACGAUCCUAUUGGGCUGCUGAAAUAGGUCAAGGAUGGGAUCAUGUUCGCAAUCUGACAACAGAGCUGGAUAGUGUCCUGAAGCAAAGAUUACAUUCUCGAAAGUAUCAUGAACAAGCACGAUUUCAUACAUCAUUUGCAUUUGUAGAUGCACUACCUGCAAAUGAUGUACACGAUCCAAUCGCAUCGAGUGUUCCGCAAUUAGAGCAACGAUACGGAGCAAGAUUGCGUGCAUGCUCGGCUAUAACAAUCAAUCAAAUCGGCAUCACGAUUGGACCAAAGACGUACUACUUAGAUCUUUAAAAUAUCCUGUACAAGUAUAAAAAUUUGCAUGUUGUAUAAUACAAUGGGUUUUCUCAAGCUGCUUCAAUUUCCUGACCUGAUUCU